AAAAAGAAAAUGGAGAGAGAGAGAAAGGAAAGUAAGGAGAGAGAAACGAAACCAUCCAUGCAUGGGCAAUGGGCAUGCCAUUUUGCUAUGCUGUUCUUGUUCUAGACUUCUAGUUGGUGUGUUGUUGGUGCUUGUAAUGUAAAAUUUGUAGGCAAUCUUAACUUAAAGAGAGCCAUGCUCUCUCUCUCUCUCUGAAAGCCUCUCUUCGUCUCCUCCUCCUCCUCCACGCCGCCUAUCUUCCUAAUCUUACCAACAACCCAUUCAUCACUCCCUUUGCAUUUCCUUUAAUUUAACAAAACAACAUCCGCCCUCUGAUUCUUCCCCUGCUUUUAUUGCUCUUUCUCUGCAAUUUGCAAUAGCAGAAAUAGGACAAAACGUAACCAUGGAUUCUUUUUCUUACUAAUGCCGCCUCUAUCAUCCCUGACACUGAUUGCCUUGAAGGGAUUGUUUGUGGGUCUGCAUUGCCAAGUAGAGCUGCUUCUCUUCGGCAGCGUGAAAAAGGUUUCAAACUUCCUGCCACUUGUGAGAUGGAAGGAGGGAUUGAACAGGACUAUGAUGAAUUUGAGAUGCUUCUGGGUGAGAUACCGAAUGCAACUUCUGAAAAUCCACAAGCUGAGUCUGGACGUAUAAAUUCCCCUUUAGUUGCGGAAAGGAUCCCUCCUGAAGAGGGAGAAGGGAAGUCCUCUUCAUCAGCCUCUUUUGCUAACUUCUACCAUGCACCUGAGGCUGCAAGCUCUGGCAGCAAUUCGGCAUUCUAUGAUGGUUUGGCCUUUGAAAGACCCAGCACCACCUGUUUGAAUUACUCUCAAGUUUUGACUGAUGAGAAACUUCAACCCAAUAGGAAUUUGAGUGGAGGGAAAAUAAUCUUGAAGAAUGCUCAUCAAUCACCUGUCAAAAAUGUUGAUCAUGAUGAUUCCAACUUGCCAGAUGACCAAUCCUUGACAUCAGCAUUUGCAGAACUGAGCUUCAAGGAUGGUGUGAUGAUGGAAGCACCAGAUUCUCAGUUGGUCAGCCAUAAGACAUUAGAAAACUGCACCUUUCUACUUGAAGGGCAGUAUCCAAACUGCAUUAAAAAACCACUUGCAAGUUUGGAGUCAGGGGGUGUUGUUAUUCCUGCUUCACCCAAUGCACCAAAUGGCAUGAAUGUGGUGUAUCCUGUGGUGAAUGAUCUCAAUAAGUUCAAUGUGGGGAUGAAUGGCCAAGUAAACACAAAGUUUCUAAAACUCAAUGCUCAGGAGCUAAAUAAACAGUAUCCUAGGUCUCAUCAGCUGCUUGAGAAUUUAUCAUGUGACCUAGGGGAGCAAUUACAGAGACUUCAAAUGUACUCUCCUUCCACACCAUUAGCUGCUGGAAUGCAAUCGUUUCAGGUGCUCCAAAACAUUCCUGUCCCUGGAGUUGAUUUCCCAGUGGCACCUUUUCAGCAGCAGUAUUUCAUGGAGGCACAAUCUCCUCUUCCUUACAUGCAACCACAGCCUUUAAAUCGUUCCCACAUCACAUGGAGGCAAUUAGAGGAAGAAAGGUAUUGUAGGAUGCACCAACAAUACCUUUACUUGCAACAACUCUGUAAUCAGGGAUCUGAAAAUCAUGUUCCAAGUCAAGCAAGCGGUAAUGUUGCCAUUGGCUCAAUAGCUGGCAGCCAAAGGCAACCAUAUUUUGAGAUACCCAUCUCCCACCAACUUGAACAGGCUGGUCGAGGCCCAUUUUGGAACAAUGCUGCAGUGCCAAGGAGAUUUAAUUCGCCAGAUCUAACACUGGUGAGUAGUGGCCUCUGCUGUUAUUAUGCUCAGGGGUUUUGUGGGAGGGGUGAGAGCUGUCCAUUUGCUCAUGGCCAGAAGCAAACCUCAGCAACAAGUUUAGGGUGUCGUCCUUUUACUGCUAGAAAUCUUGAACCAGUUAAAGUUUUGGACAAAGUUGUGAAACAGAAUUUUCCUGAAAAGAUUCUAACAAGGUCACAUGGCUUGAACUCAAUUAGAACUAUCAAACCUUGCUCUGAUGUAGGAAAUGAAUCACUAAACCAUGGUAAACUCAUGAAUGGUCACUACCAGUACCAUCCAUCCCUUCUAAAUGUGGCAUCCUUCCAGCUAGAUGAUCGGAACUCCCAAGGUUCAACCCCCGACACUGCAGAUCUCAGAUAUAAUAAUAAUCCAAAAUCACCAUCUCAAAAAUAUAAUUCUGUAGAUGAGGUCAUUGGUAGAAUUUAUCUCAUAGCAAAGGAUCAACAUGGUUGCCGCUUCUUGCAAAGAAAAUUCACAGAGGGCACUAAACAAGAUGUUGAUAAAAUCUUCCUUGAGAUCAUUGGUCACAUUGUUGAGCUCAUGACGGAUCCUUUUGGGAAUUACCUUGUCCAGAAGCUUCUUGAAGUCUGUGAUGAGGACCAGAAAAUGCAGAUACUUCAUGCAAUCACCAGAAAACCUGGAGACCUUGUUAGAAUUUCUUGUGACAUGCAUGGAACUCGGGCUGUGCAAAAGCUGAUUGAAACCCUUAAUACUCUAGAACAAGUUUCCAUGGUUGUUUCCUCAUUGAAGCCUGGUAUAGUGAUGUUGAUAAAAAACAUGAAUGGUAAUCAUGUUGCAGCACGGUGCUUGCAAUAUUUAAUGCCCGAAUACUGUGAGUUCCUUUUUGAAGCUGCAACUUCUCAUUGUGUUGAGCUUGCAACGGAUCGCCAUGGUUGCUGUGUGCUUCAAAAGUGCCUCAGCCAUUCUGAUGGAGAACAGAGACGCCAAUUGAUCUGUGAGAUCACUUCAAAUGCUCUCAUGCUUUCUCAAGAUCCAUUUGGGAACUAUGUUGUGCAAUACGUGUUUGAACUUCAGGUUCCAUGGGCAAUAAUGGAUGUGCUUGACCAGCUAGAGGGUAACUAUGGAUACCUCUCCAUGCAGAAGUAUAGCAGCAAUGUUGUCGAGAAAUGUCUGAAAUAUGCAGGUGAAGAACUCCGCCCUCACAUUAUUCAGGAACUGAUAAAUUACUCCCAGUUGGAUCAAAUCCUGCAAGACCCAUAUGGCAAUUAUGUCAUUCAAGCAGCACUUAAUCACUCUAAGGGGGGGCUCCAUUCUGCCUUGGUGGAGGCUAUCAGGCCUUAUGUUCCAGUACUCCGGACUAGUCCAUAUGGAAAAAAAGUUCUUUCAUGCAACAGUCUGAAAAAGUGACUAGUGUGAUUCUUAGAUAAAAUUCUUCAAGUUCAUAACUUGUUUUUCCCAUGUGAAUGGGUCUCGCAAAUUACUUGGGGCACUGCACUGCACUAAGAAUUUCUAUGAAGAAUUCAGGACUUCCAUUCCAGAGGGCUGUGUAAACUGUGUAAUAAAUAGGAAAGAAAGAAACUUCUCAGAUUAGAUUGGUUUUUGAUAUUCGGGUUUUAAAGAUGCCUUGUACAGCCCACCUGAAAAGAUCAAGGUGAAAUUUGCAUUUCAUGCCUCAUUUUGCCCUUCCGCAUGGUCAUCAAGAAAGAUCAUUCUGAAGGCAAUUUUGCUUGACCCUAAAUCUGCAUGUUAAUAGACUGAACCCUUGCUUUUGAAUAAAAGAAAAUUCAAGGAGGGUCUAGAGUUGUUUAACAUUAUGAGGGGAGUGUACCUUCUUGUGCUUUAGUGAAGCUCUUUCACUAGAAGUAGUAUUUUUCGUAGAAGGAUAUAACUGGACUACCUGGUUUUUGUACCAAAUAUAUAUUUGGCAGUAUUGUAUUCUCUCCUUGUAAUGUUCA